CCCGCCUCUUCGGCGGCGCAUCAUGUUCGGCUGCGCCGCCGGGGAAGGAGACGCUGCCCUUCUGAAGCGAUGGAGCUCCCGCCCCUAGGAUAGAGUGGUGCACUUCAAGUCUGGAGAGACCCUAGAUUGGACCUUGACCUUGACAGUGCCUAGCUAUGUGGCCCUGGAGUCACUGAGCUUCCUGGGACCUCCCCAUCAGAAUAAAAACAUCAUCUUGUUCUUGCUCUGCAAAGGCACUUUGGAAUUGGAGUCUUCCUUUAGGAAUGAGAAUGUGACUGUGGCCUUGUGGGCAGUGAGUUGAAGCAUUCCUCCAAGCCAUUCCCAUUGUGGGACUUGGGGUUCCCACUCUGGGAUACUCAAAGCUGCAGCUCUAAUGCGGGAUGGCUUUCCAAAGAACUGAAGGCAUGUCCAUGAUCCAAGCCUUGGCCAUGACAGUGGCAGAGAUUCCUGUGUUUCUCUAUACAACUUUUGGACAGUCGGCAUUUUCUCAGCUUCGGCUAUCUCCCGGUCUGCGGAAGGUGCUCUUUGCUACAGCACUAGGGACAGUAGCCUUGGCUUUAGCUGCCCAUCAGCUGAAGCGGCGCCGACGACGGAAGAAACAGAUUGCUCCUGAGAAAGGAGGUGGGAAGCCUGGAACUGUUCCUAUCCCGAUCUUCAUGGCUAGAAGAGUUUCAUCAGUGAAGAAAGGCUAUUCCAGCCGACGGGUCCAGAGCCCCAGCAGCAAGAGCAAUGACACCCUGAGUGGCAUUUCCUCGAUUGAGCCCAGCAAACACUCAGGCUCCUCUCACAGCCUGGCCUCAAUGGUAGCAGUGAACUCCUCCAGCCCAACAGCUGCAUCCUCGGGGCCCUGGGAUGCUAGAGUGACUGAAGAGGCAGGGGCUGCUGGGGAUGCAAAUGCAGAGAACCUCUAUAUUCAAGGAAUGGAGCUGUUUGAGGAAGCAUUGCAGAAAUGGGAGCAGGCCUUGAGUAUUGGACAGAGAGGAGACAGUACUAGCACCCCCACACCCUGGGACCAUCUCAAGAAUCCAGAGACCAUUUCUGAGGUGCUCUCAGAGCCAGAGUCUCAGAAAAAGGAGUUUGCUGAAAAGUUAGAAUCCCUACUACACCGGGCAUACCACCUCCAGGAAGAGUUUGGCUCUACAUUCCCAUCAGAUAGUAUGCUCUUGGACCUAGAGAGAACUCUCAUGCUGCCCCUGACAGAAGGUUCACUGAGACUUCAGGAAGAUGAUGACAGUCUUUCCUCCGAAGAUUCUUUCUUUUCUGCUGCAGAGCUGUUUGACUCCUUACAAGCUGGACAUCUCCCUUUCCAGCUCUCUAGACCAGCUGCAGCAUAUGAGGAAGCCUUGCAAUUGGUAAAAGAAGGGAAGGUUCUAUGUCGAACACUAAGGACAGAACUUCUGGGUUGCUACAGUGAUCAGGACUUCCUGGCUAAACUGCACUGUGUCCGGCAGGCCUUCCAGGGACUUCUGCAAGAUGAAAGUAACCAGCUGUUCUUUGGGGAGGUUGGGAAACAAAUGGUGACGGGCCUGAUGACCAAAGCUGAAAAGAACCCAAAGGGCUUCUUGGAGAGCUAUGAAGAGAUGUUGAAUUAUGCCCUGAGACCAGAGACCUGGCCUACCACACAGCUGGAGCUGGAGGGGCGAGGGGUGGUAUGCAUGAGUUUCUUUGACAUCGUGCUGGAUUUUAUUCUCAUGGAUGCCUUUGAGGACCUGGAGAACCCCCCCUCCUCUGUGCUUGCUGUUCUGCGCAAUCGCUGGCUCUCUGACAGCUUCAAGGAAACGGCUCUGGCCACUGCCUGUUGGUCGGUUCUGAAAGCCAAGAGGAGGCUUCUGAUGGUGCCUGAUGGCUUCAUCUCCCAUUUCUACUCCGUAUCGGAGCAUGUUAGCCCCGUUCUUGCCUUUGGCUUCCUAGGGCCCAAACCACAGUUAGCUGAAGUCUGCACUUUUUUCAAGCAUCAGAUUGUGUACUACCUGAAGGACAUGUUUGACCUGGACAACGUGCGCUACACCACUGUGCAGUCCCUAUCGGAGGAUAUCCUUCAACUGUCCCGCCGACGCAGCGAGAUCCUCUUGGGUUACCUGGGAACAGAGCCUGUCCGUGAGAUGAACGGGAUGUUGCCCCAUGAAAAUGGACCUCUGGGGGAACUUCAUUAACUACCAUGCUUCCCUGAGGAGGGCUGACUCCUCUCCUCUGUCCUCUCCUAUGGCGAUGGGUGCUUGCUCUCUCCUGAGGGGCCUGAGGGACCACAGCUCAGCCUCCUCUACCCUCUCCCCUGCCCUGGCUUCCCUCAGUCCCUUGGCUUGCCCUCCAUGGAGGGGUUUACCAAGCCAGGGUCAUGGACCAGCCGAUGACUUCCUCUUUUCCCUUGCUGUGGAGUUCUCGGUCCUAGAUCUCAGCUUAGAAGGACCAGUAAUGAUGUCCCCUCCUCCCUUUCUGUCAGUCCCUAUAUAUCAUACAGUGGUGGUUCCUGGGCCAUGCUCAGGAAGCCAACAUGUCCCCCCAGACUCUUUUCCCUCAGGAGCCAGCUGGCAAUGCCUUGUUUGUGAGGCUGGCAGUGAAGGACAGCAUGGUCAUCCAUCUGGUUCAUAGGGGGCUCAGACACGCAGCAGGGGAAUGUGUCUUGUGUAGUGGAGGCAGGGAGGCGAGGAAGCCUCUGCAGAGGCUGACAACAGUCGGGGUGCUCUGCACCACCGUCUUUGGGCUGGCCCUUCCAUUGGCCAGAUUGGGGUCUGGAACUCUGGCAGCUGCCGUCAGGUGUGAUGGUGAGAGAGUGACGGAGGGAGGAAGACUGUGGAGUAGAGGGAAUGGUGAAAGCAGGACAGAGAAUCACAGGGAACAGGUGGUGGAGCAGAGAGAGUGAGUGUGUGUGCACACGUGUGCAUGUGUGUGUAUGUGUGUUAGAGAGAGCCAGCCUCUGGUCAGAAAGCGAUUCCCUUCCUGCCUUUGACACAUCCUGCUGUGGGCUGUGAUCCUGGGUGAGGCACUAAACCUCUCGGGUCCCCCCGAAGUCUUUCUAGGACUCCCAGUGGUGGGCGUUAGGCUCUUCUGUUUCACCCACAGAGAAUAGCUUACGGAGAGUUUGAGAGUAUUCAUAGAGUAGGAACACAAGUGACUAAGAGGAUGAUCACUACAAGAGAAAACAAGAGAAGAGAGUGAAGGGAGAUAAGAAGGGUCACAGAAAGGUAGAGGCAGAAAGAGGCAAAAUAUCAUUGAAUCCAGCUCUUUCAUUUUACAGCCAAGGAAACUGAGGACCAAGAAGUGAGAUGACUUGGCUCAGAAUUGUCCAGCCAGUUGGUGACAGAUUUGAGACUUCACUUUAGAUUUUCUCAUUCUAGAUAUAACUGUCUUUAUUAUACCACAAAUCUCUGGUCUGCUGACUGGAGUAAAAAAAGUUAUUUAGAGUUUGCCAAAUAUAUAUAUAUAUAUAUAUAUAUCAACAUCCCACCCUGUCCCCUCCUUCCAGCAAGAAGGAAGCAGCCCUGAAGACAACCUUUUUUUCUGCACUUUAUUGUACUGUGUGGAUGUUGAACUGAAGGUUCGUUGCUUCCUAGCCUCCACCUGGAACCUCCACCCUUGCACAUUUAUUGGGUGUAUGACUUGGAAUAUUCCUGAGCUGUUGGACUUGGGCUAUGUUCUGAAGAGUUUUAUUCUCUUGAGAAUUGCACAAGCCCACUUGCACUUAUUGUUUUGACCUUAGGGUUCCAACUCCUCCUAACUACCAAAGCUAGCCUACUGGCUUUGUCUAUGCCAUGGCCAGGUGAAUGCCUGCCAGCAUAGACAGUGGGGCCUGGUAUUUGGAUGAAAUUCAUAAUGUGGGCCAGUACAAAAAAUCAUCUGCUCUUUCAUCUGCCAACUGAACUUCCCCGAAGAAUUUAAAUGUCAUUUGAAGAGCCUUGUUUCGCCAUCAUUUUCCCCACUAAAAAUUGGGAUGUUACUCUACCUCUGUCAUCUGGAAGAUUCCUGGAAGUCCCCCUGGAAAAGGAGGAAAAAAAUCUCCUUGGUGUCCUGAAAUGCUAUAGAGGCCAUCACCCCAAAGCAGAAGGGGCUGCAUUUUUAGCUUCUAGAAAUUCUCUUUCCAGUGUCCUUCCUGGGGAAGCCAUCACUACCAAACCUUUGUGCUCUGGCCCUUGGUAUCCCCCUGACCAAUAGCCUCCACUAUGAUUGAUCUGUCACUGAGGUUGGUUUUCAUAGCCUCAUGACUCAUAUGGAAUGAGCAGAUGUGUGGAAAGAAAGAUGAGAGGUAAAUGACAAGUUUCCCUCCCCCUUGUUUUCUUCAAAAGAUUUUAAACAGAUGUAUUUCCCAGAACUUUAUAUUCAACCAGAGAGCAAAGCAAAUACUCUAUGUCAAUGUAAUCUAAGUUUAGAGAGCUGUAUUUGGUAUUCCAGCCAACAUAGUUGGCCACUCUAGAUAAGUUACAUUAGCAUUUUUCUAAACUAUCCUCAUUUUCAAGAGUUUUUUUUAUCUUAGUUCAGCAGACUCACUUCAUUCACAGCAAUUACAGCAUUGUGCUUGAGUAGGACUUUUAAAAUUGCCUUACAAGGGGGCAGAAAAGUUGGAUUGUCCUAUUUAUUGAGACAGCUUUAAAAAGUUGAUUUUGGAUCAAUUUUGGGAUUUUUUUUAAAAAAAUGUCAAGAAAUGUGUUUUGGGGAGAAGGAUCCUGCAUCAAAUUUUAAGAGGAAUAAAAAGAUUGGAAUGAGAUUUUGUAAAAUGUAUACAUUUGCCUUCCUGAUAGAUUUUGUUUGCCUGUUCCUUCUCUGAGCCACUCAUCUUACCCAGACUUCUAGAAGAUAUGAACCCUGACCAUUCCUGCAAUUUAUAACUCUUGAUCAUAAACUUGCAUCUGUGGCUAUUAACCUAAAGAAUUGUUCACUUGGGAGGGCUGUGUGCUUCAUCUUCUCUUAAUCUCCAUUCCUCAGAGAUGCUAUUUGUCACACUCACACAAUCUAUGAAUGUAAUCCAUCCCUUUUUGUUUUCCCCUCUGAUCUAAAGGUGUAUUUCUCUUGGUUUUGUUUGUUUACAUAUCCGUGAACUGCCUCUGACUCUGAUUUGCAGCUUUUACCUUUUGUAUGGUAGGUAGAGUAUGUUAACUGGAGUCAAAUAAAAAAAAAAUUUCUUUCAUUUUUCA